CGAAAGGGGUCUUGUGGUCGAUGCGGCCGUGACAGUAACACAAACUUGGCUUUCGCUACGACUCUCUCUAUUAAUUCAAUUUCUAGAACUGGUCGAACUUUCACUUAAUGGAACUGAUGGUGAUGAUAACAUAGGAAAAGACUGCUGUCACCAGUAAACGAAAUGUUUCCAUCGUUCAAGAAAGCCUUUGUAAGUACUGGAUAGCUCUCUUUGUCAAUUUGAUAUUCGGCACGUUGUUUUCGUUGGUUUAGCAAAUAUAAUAGCGUCAAGGAUAGAUUAUAAUGCUUCUUUGACGAUGUUUUUUUUUCAUGUUGGUCAAAGCAUUGGCUCUAAGAUAACAUCAAAAAUAACCGCACGAACUGAUGUAAGUGAAAUAGGUUCACUCGUCGCUCGCCGAAGCCAGUUUCCUCCAGCGAGUAACAGGGUGACUCGCAAGGUUGGACGAACGCGCUCUUGCGAGGAUAGAAACUUUAUGAUUUCCUUCUCUUCCACUUUCAAUUUCGACGCUUAGGUUCCGAUAUAAAUUUGUUGGUCGGAGUCGCAAGCAGAAGCGAAAAACACUUGAAUAUUAAUAGCGGUUUUUAUUCCCUGUAAAAGCAGACGUUUUCACCAGAUCCUUUAUAGUUGCAGCCGUCGGUACAUAGUUUUAUUCCUGAGUUUAUCAGACCGAUUCCGUCGGUUUGAAAAUGACAAGGCUUCUCUAUGCUGAACAACUCUUUAUCAAGAUCUGUGAGAUGAAAAGCUUAAUAAGCGUCAUGGCGAAAAUAUACGAGUAAAAUACACUCCAUGAAAAAUAUCUCACCCGGCUACUUCCACAGUGGAUCGCUUGUUGUCUGAACACUUACUUUGUUAACUUACUUUGUUAAAACGAGAUCAUUUUAGCGAAUUAUCCAUUUCUAGGUUUCCUGCUAGAAACCUGGAAAUGGAUAAUUCGCUAAAAUAGCCUCGUCUCAACCAAGUUAACGUUCAGAUAACAAGCGAUGCACUGUAGAUGUAAGAUGAGGUUUCGUUCGGUAUUCCCAAAAGCAAUAGACAAUACCUGUUUACAGCAGCACUACUGAAAAGGAUUGCCUGAGGGUCUCUUCAAAGCUUUAUACACGCACCAUUGCCGCCCAUUUUGGCGUCUGAUUGAUUGUCUAUUGUUAAUUACAUAUAGCGAAAUUGAUCUUAUUAUGUUGGAAUAUCAACACCAUGAAGACAUAUCCCACCUUUUAAUUAAUCCGUCUCAUCUCUAUGUUAUUUAACAGAUUCUUUUAAUCGUCGUAACUGCCGCUUCGAUUACUUAUACACUGCUGAAAACGGAUUUAUCUUCCCUUCUUAAUCAAAUGUUUAGAAACCAACGAUCAGGUAAUUUUACAAGCCCAAAGGCAGGGAUUAGAGGGAUCGAGGAGGAACUUAGUCUCGUACCCAAACCUUCCACGGCCAAGUGGUUGUAAGUUCUGGAUACGCGAUUAUAUUAGGGGGAAUCCCGGAUUUUUUCACAAGGGGUUUCGCCUGGUUGCUCACGUUCUGAGCCCCUUUUUUGACCGAGACAUACCAAUUCCACACAAACUUUCAAACCUUGCCUGGCGAAACAUGUUUUUUAUACUUUAAAAUGUUGUUUUAUUUAUGAGCUCUUAUAUUUUAGGAAUCACAAACAAAAUGCAAUUAUUCAUUCCAUUUUUUUCAUUUGCAAAUGUAUUUAAACUUUUCCCAGGGGACAAGUCAUUUACUUAUCGCCAGGUGGUGGAGAAUUUUUGUUUCUUGGGGGGGGGAGUCGUAGGGUCUGCAGUGGAAACAGAGGGGAGGUCAGUCGUCACCAACAGGCAAUCGUAUAUAAAUUGGAAAAUACGUACUAACUAUUUACAGCCAAUGAUUGAGGAUCGUAAGAAUAGUACUGAGUCUAAUGGGGGUGGGGGGGGGGGGGAGAUCGGGUAAAUUUUAUUGUGACACAGGAGAUAAGUGACGACCGGUCUUAAUGCCUGACGAGUUAUUCUGUUUCAUACGUUCGCAGAUCUCAGUGAGUAUCUUUCUUUGGAUUUAAACGAGAACUCAGAUGAACUCGACGCUUCGCUAUCUUCAAUCAAAUGCAAGCCAUACAGGUAAAACAUGUCGGAACAAUUAAUUAAUUAAAUAAAAGAUGGAGACAUGUAAAGGUCAGGGAGUGCGGACAAAUUUGGCGACAUCAAAUUAGCUUUAUUUGGUUCUCUUUUCUGCUUCCUUCCUCACACAGUACGCAAAACACCGUUCUUCUAUUUCGUUAUUCUUCGCAAAAUAGGCGCGAUCGUAACAUUUUUUAUUUAACGUUUGCUAUUUCAAGAAAUAGAGAAAUUUUCAACCGAGUGUAGAAAGUAAUCCACGAAUUUAUUGGUUUACACGGUUUACUGCACUUUGUGAUUAGUUUUAACAUCUCGUGCCACUGUUUCAACCAUUCAGAUGCAAAACUUGUUCACUUGCGUUUUCCCGCGCUUGUAGCAGUUUGAUUGUUUUUUUACUCAGAGUUUUGUUACCUCCUGGCGUCAUAUGACAUUUUAAUAACCUGGUUAAUUGACCGUCUGCAGGUUAGACAGAGUUGAUUAUGAACAAGCCUAUAAAUAUUAUGGAAAACCAGACAAAGAAGAAAGAAGAUGCGACGACGUUCAUUUCCCAGACAUCUGUGCGUUCUAUGUAUCCAAAUUUGGAGAACAUAAACUGUCAUGUGACUCAAAGAUUUGCGGCUCAUCACGUGUUCAAAUGGGCUGCAUAAAUCCAAAUAUGGGAAAAAUUUCUGAAUGGACGGAUUUAUCAAAGGAAACUAUAGUUACUACGAUGGAAAAAGCUGUGGAAACGAGUAGGAAAAACGGGUUUGGAUUUCUGUUUCUUAGGUGUGGAAAUAUUCUUCAGGUCCUAACCUUUCCUCCAGUGUUGCAGGAAGUUGAAGGUGGCGACAACAGGAAACAGAUCAGUGUAAAUGUGAUCAGCAUGGAUUCUCUAUCCAGGCCACAUUUUUACCGAAGUCUUCCGAGAGCAGUCGAGGCUCUACGCAAGAUAAGAAAUAAUUUUAACAUCAGUGCCACCGCCCUAGACUUUCAGAAUUUCCAGGCUAUCGGAGAACAAACUUUUGACAAUUUGAGGCCGUUUUUUUGUGGUGUUGUAAAAGGUAAGUUCUGAAAUGAACUUACUUACAUCUCCCUAAGAAGACUGAUGAUAUGGAAACCGCUAGUUGAAAAUUCACUGGGCCAAUUACAAAUUGUGGUUUAAAUCAUUAACAUGGGUAAUUUUCUUGUAAUGCGAUUAAGCCAGCGAUGGGGCACCCAACGCCGCCGCCGUUCUAGCAGCGUGCCACACUUAAAUUUUGCGGUCUUCGCCGCUUGUGACGCAGUACCUCAGUCAGUCAGUCAUAAACUAGAUACGACCAAACGUCCGGGGAGAAUUGUCUCAGUAGAGUCCUCUCGACAGGGCGUUCCUCGGGGGGGGUAUUGGGACGGGAAGACGGCUUGUUCUGCAAACUAUCUUUUCUAACAAUGUUGAUCUGAAAAUUAACGGCUCUUGGUGUAGAAAACACAGUAUACGUCACAGUAGAAUUUCAUCACAACCGGAAAUAAGAAAACAGUGAAAACAAUAGUGUGACGUAUACUAUGUCUUCCACACCAAGUAAGAGCCAAAUUAACUCACUGAUUGGCUAUUUAGCUAGCUGGCUGAUAGGUUGCGAGCAGGCCGACUAGCUAGCCCAUUAACUGACCUACCAACUCACAUUAAACAAUGGAGCUCACUAGAGUUGCUUGCUUCUUAGAUGACAACAUUCUUACUGACACCUUCAGGACCUCAAAGUAUUCUUUAGGCGUAGAGGUCUUGUAUGGGACUUUUAAGAAAUGGGGCUACCAGACGCUUUUUCAAGAGGAUCUCGUUUGGUUUGACUAUUGGGGAUUCAUCCUGACAGACCUUGAAUUAAGAUCAAAGCCGACUGUAGAUUCAGGAUUCAUGGCAAGGUGAGGCUUUUAGAGCUUUUUAAUUAAUUUUCCAUCAAAUUGGAAUCUCGAUAGAAGACACGUAGCCUUAUGUUCGCGCGGAGAGGUCUGGGUCUGAGCCCUAGCUGGAUCAUGUGUUCUUGAUUAAGACAACUUGUUCCCACAAUGCAAUCCACUCGAGGUUAUAAAUGAAUGACUACGAACUUUCAAGGAAACUCGACGAAAUACCCAUACUCCUUAUCGCUGGUUGUUUUGGAAACCGGGAUAAACUGAGGCGUUGUAAGCUUCUUGAAAUGAUUAUGUGUGUAAACUACGAUCCAAUUGGCGCGAAAGUUGAAUGUUGUAUUGGCUACUGCGUUCGAAACCUCUUUAUUCUGAUUACUCAACUCUCAUUAAAAAAAUUGUUGAUUGGUGGAUGAAAAGUAAUGAAAUAUUUUUAUGUCACGAUGAAAUCUGACUAAUAUAAUACCUGAUCCCUAUUAACCCCUCAACUACCAUGAGUGACCAAGACAAAAUUUCUCCUUUCAAUAUCAAUGCAAUAUCAAGUAGAUAGGUGAUAAGAAUAAAGAAAAAUAUCAAUCAAGGAAUAGCUAACUGAUCCAAUACCAAAUUCUCCAUACUAACAACAUGAGAACUGUCUUGCAGACAGUAAGGAGAAUUGCUAAUUAGAUCUUGGGAGUAAAAGGGUUAAGGGUCUGUAAUAUUCUUUUUAUCCCUCCUCUCCUGUCAGUGGCAGUUAAUUGGCAAUCUCCCUCUUCAUACUUUGUUAGCGCCGACUGAUCCCCCCCUGUUUCCCCCUAAAAAACAUAAGAUAUAGCUACCCCACAAAUCCUUCUCCCACCUUCCCUCCCCCACCACACCCCCCUUAGGUGAUAAAUAUUUACUGGCCUCUAAAAACUCUCCCCUCAGGUGGACUGAAUUAAAAGAAAAGAUGAGUAAGAAAAACAUCGAUGAUUUUGGCAUGACGCAUUUUUCUGGGCCAUUACUGAACCUAAGAUAUGGUGAAACAAACCAUUUCGAAAGUCCCCCCAAAGUGUGCUUAAAUGGUCAGUUCUUCAGUAAAUAUUUUAUGGAUUACAUACAGACGGUUCACACCGCCAUUAACAACGAUUCUCGGACCAAACCACUAUUUUCGUUCACUCACUUCAACACGGGACACGAACAUACUGGUCAGCGGAUUAGAAACACGGACGCCCAUUUGGCAAAGUUCUUGACCAACAUGGCUAAAUUGCCGAACACUCUCACUAUGUUAGUUUCCGACCAUGGAAAUAAAAAUACGCGGUACAGCUACAAGACUGAGGUAGGAAAGAGAGAAGUUUAUGACCCAAUUGCUUUUAUGAUCAUUCCCGAUGGUGUCGCGAGAAGUCUGGGCGAGCAGAGGAUGGCUGCAUUGGCAGAAAAUCAAAGACGGCUUUUCACUUCCCUAGACCUACACAGAGCACUUAUGAGUUUAAACGAUCCUAAGAAAAUGCAUUCACGAGAUCCUCUGGUUGCAGGCAUAUUUGCAGUCUUACCCGCGAGUCGAACAUGUUCAGACUUGGACCUUAUGCCACAAGCCAGAUGCAAGUGUGAAAUCAGCGAAAAUUAUAAUUCGGUAGAAGACAACUCGGACAGUCUAAAGUGGUUGGCAGAAUUUGCCGUUGGAGCUUUAAACGAAGCCAUACAAAAACAGCAUAUGGGAGGUAUGAUAAAAAGGGUGCAAAAUAACAUUUCUUAGAGCUCUUCGAUUGAGUUUCAUUGAAACAUAAACAAAGUGGUAUGGUGAAAAGGAUCAUGUAAAUUAAUUUUUCAUGGGGCUCUUUGAAUGAGUUUCAUGAAACCAUAAACAAAGUAGUGUGGUGGAAAGAUGUAAAAUUGUAUUUGUCAGCGCUUUCCGAUUGAGUUUCGUCAAACCAUAAACAAAGUAAUAUGGUGAAAAGGGCAUAGAAUAACUUUACAAAGCGCUUUUCCAUUGAGUUUCAUUAAACUAAGAAAAAAAGUGGGCGUUAAUAAUUUAAUUUGAUUGGUUGAGAGAGUGGCGCGGUUUUAGGGGCCAACAGAGAGCAAAGUGAGGCAAACCAACGCAAAACAGAAUUACUUUGGAGACCCAACUCAAAAUUUCUCUUCCGACUGUUUGUUUUGUUUUUUUUUUGUCGUCAUCCAUGUUAGGUGCUUUUUGAUUCAUUGUUUUUAAUUUUUCCUUUAAGGUGAAGUUGAUAAGCAGUUGUCAUCGAACAAAUAUGGAUUCGGAAACUGUCAGCGUCUGGUGGGAAAAUCUUUUGCAAACAUUGUACAACUCUCUCAAGGAGACAAUGUUACCACGACAAUGGAUUUACGCGUAGUCCCUCCAAAUGGACACAAAGAGGAUGAAAUUUUUAAGGUUUCUGUCAAGCAGCAGGCUAAAACAAAAGACAAAGUUUGGUUAACGAGUUUCAUCCGGGUCUCUAGGUACAGCAAAUUUAAGUCAUGCGCAGAUAAGUCAGUUGACAUUAAGCUGUGUGCAUGCGUCACACAUCAAACCGCUGAAGCUAUGAACAGCAGUGAAAAGCUUGUCAAUGUCGCCAUUCCAACCGAAAUGUUUGGUUCAAAAACUAUCAUAAAAGACCUCCACUCAAGAUGUCUCUUAAUCCUCAGACGAAAUCACGGAAUAUUUUCUUUCGCGCUGGAAGUAACCAACGUGUGUUUAAACAGAACUUACAAAACUGAAUUAGCCGGCUCUUCAAGAGAAAUAGUUACUUCCAAUAAACUGCCUAUUAAUCUUGAGAUAAGUCCAAGGACGUUUUACUUCUUGACAUCAGUGAAAAGAGAAACCUCUACAGAAAUUAUUUCUUUGAAAUUUUAUGCAAAUGUGAAAGUCAGGUUUGCUAACUUCGACGAGUUUAAGGAUUUGGGCAAAAUCGACUUCUUGUGACCCCGAAUUUACGAAUUCCCGUUAAUAACUGUU